ACGCAAAGAGUGCUUUGCUGCUGGGCACCCAUCCCAGCACAACUCGCUCUGAUUCUCUCCCUGUCGCUUUAUUAAUUGCAGCACAGGGCCCCUUCAUGCGCAGCCGAAGGCAUAUUAGCUUCAACCCAUUUCAAACUCCUUGUUUUCACUGCUCCAUCCACACACAAUCUCGUGGAUGGGUGCAAUCUCGUCGCCCGCUUUUGAACUGCGCACUGGUAGAGGACCGGUGGAGGAGACGAUAGUGUGAAGAUCUAUGCUUGCAAUUUCAAGCUGUUGGUCUGGCAUCUAGUGAACACCAUUUUGUUGUUGUCAUGUUUUAUUGAGCAUUUAACUUCGCAUUGAGCUUAUUCUCGACCAUUUUGAGGCGGAGAGUAUGUUUUAGCUGUGGAGUUACGUGACGCACGAGCUGUUGAGCUGCCGUGCUUUAUCUGUCUCAUGACCACCUCCUUGCUGGGUUCUGAUUGAAAGGUUUGGGAGGGGGUAUAAGAAACGGAGUUGUUGGUCCCCUUCGCUGCACUGCAACUUUUUUCAACUGGAGUGUUGUAGUGACCCGCAUUUUUUAUAGCAUGGAAUGGUUGAACUGAAGCUUCUGCUCUCGGAGCGGCAAAGCCAUUGUAGUGUCAUGUCGCAAUAAAGCUCGAGCCCUGGACCACAUUGGAUGUAUGGGUUGUAGGAUCCGAUAGUUUAGAACCCUCUCUGCACGCAUUAGGCUAGUACGAUGUGGUGAUCUUAAUAUCACCUUCUUUUAGUGCAACAGGUUGUGACUACCAGAUUUUACGCACGUACUUUUUUCGGUCUCAUGUGACACACUAGUGAGUCGAGAUGACAUCUGACGCAGUAGAGUAGCUGUAUUUAUGAAUACAUUGUAGUCCUUAGUCCUUGAGCUGUUAUUUAUUUUCUCUUUCGGUUCCAACGCGGGUUAAUCCCUUUCUGCAUUUGGUAUCUCUCUCGAAUGUAGUGGCCUGAACACCUAUCUUCUCGACAUUUGAGUCCACGAAGGUGAUUUUCCAAUGUGGCGAAGAAGAUGCUUCUGGUGAAAGUCUGACUAAAACUGUAGCAAUGCUGGUACUGUAAACAGCCUUUCUGGCACGGAUUGUGCUCAAGAUCCGGCCAUAGGAACAGACCAGUGCGAAUUUGUGUGUGCGUAACUUCGGAGGGGUUGUAACAUAAGUCCUGCGAAGCUUUUCGUUUGUCUUGUUGUGGAUGUUUCUAGUCAGGGUUUCUUAUUAAAGAGAUUAUGGCGACUCUGACCCCAGGGAUAUUGCUGGAGCUUCUGAAACUCAUAAACUCGGACCUAAAGGCUACCGGAGAACAUCGAUCUGCGCUCUUGCAGGUGAUCUCCAUAGUCCCAGCUCUUGCCGGUGGUGAGCUGUGGCCGAACCAAGGAUUCUAUAUUAAAGUCUCAGACUCGUCUCAUGCGACGUACGUAUCUCUUGGUGAGGAGCAUGAUGAUCUGAUUCUGAGUGAUAAAAUUCAGCUGGGACAGUUCAUUCACGUGGAUAGACUUGAGGCUGGGUCACCCGUGCCAAUCCUCCGCGGGGUAAGACCUCUUCCUGGACGACAUCAAUGUGUUGGGAAUCCAGAAGACCUCGUCGCUGCUGUCGUCUCUACAUCGUUAAGUUCCGAUGGCUCUGUCCAACCUGAUCUUUUUCAACCCGAUCUACGCACAUCGGACACAAUAGAUAAGUUCGAUCCUUCUUCAGCUGAGAGCAUAGCAGGUAAGAACGCAGAGAGGUCAAAUGGCUCACUGAAUGGUCUCAUUGGGAGGUCAUCGUCGUCGUCGUCAAACAGGUCUCACAGGUUCCACGACGUCGAGGUGGCCGUGGAGAAGACGAUUGAUAUUUCAUCUAAUGACUUUGGCACACAGCUGAGCGAAAGGUUGGCUCGCGGUGCGAUGUCGAGGAAUUCGUCCUUCAAGCCACAGUACUCCACCGAAUCUGUAAGAUCGACCAACCCACAGGAGGAAGUGAGACCACUUUCCAUGUCCACAUUGAGGCAAGACAAACCCAAGGCAUACGUAGAUUGCACCUCAGUUCAGAAGGAGGUGAACAAAACCACCUCUCCUACGAGAUCUCCGUCCAUUAUGAGUUCCCUGUUUACCGAUAGACGAUCACCCGCCUCUUUGUUCACCAGGAGUGUGGUGGCGUGUCCCGAAGACCGUAUCAUUCCUUACAGGGAGACUCCUGUGACGUCCAAUCGAGCGAAGCAAGUAUCUCCCAUCACCAAGAGAUCUGUCAGUACUGGUAGAGUGGUGAAUGGCAUUGAUGCCACCAAGAGACGAGGAUCGCUUGGGUGUGCUGGUCGAGCUGCAGAGCCCGUCAAUGUAGCUGCGAAGAGUAUACGGAAGAGCUGGGAGAGCGCGGCUGCGAAAAACGGGAAAGAUCAUCCUCAGCCUAAGUCCUCUAUCAAGGAUGUCAAGGCUACGCUGUGGUCUUCGCUUUCGGGUUCGAGGAAUAAGCUCGUGGACAGCAAUGGAAACACCUCUUUGGAUAGGGGUUCACCUUCUCCUCAUCAUGUUCGACUAGGAAAACUCAAUGUCAAAGCGGAUAGCAACGGCUGUGCAGUUACACCGGGGUCUCCCACACAUUCCACCACAAGUUCAAUAUUUUGUAAUGACAUCGAGGUGACAAAUAUCCAGGGACUCACGAGCAGCAACUGCUGGGAAUCGCUUCCAGGAAACUUGGCACAGUUUGGCGCGGAAGCUUUGCAAUCUCGGGAGGCUGCCGCUUUGGCAGCUGUCGAAGCUCUUCAGGAAGCUUCAGCAGCAGAGAGCGUCCUUCGAAGUCUAAGCAUGUUUGCGGAAUUGUGUUCGGUGGCGCGGGCCGACCAUCCUCAGCCCUCAGUGGAGCAAUUCCUGAGCUUGUCACAGUCCCUUAAGUCUGCUAUGGCUGUAUCUGAUGCCUUGUCCGUAUCUCGGAGCUCUUCCUCAGAGACGGCCUCCCCGCCAGAGGAUGCCAACGAGGCUUCGAACGAUAAAGCGCAAAUACUGAUGGAAAAGUCUCGAAGUGCCGCAAGUUGGGUUAAUGCUGCACUGACCUCAGACUUGGCCUCAUUUUCAGUUCAGAGCAGGCAAUCUGGUUCAGGUUCGCUGCGAAACGCUCUCAAAAGAUCUAGCAGUGCGCAGUUGCAGGUCAUGUUGGACAAGGGCCCAAGCACCGUGCCCAGAGGGAGGAGUUCCUCGCCUUCUCUGAGCAGCAGGACUCCAUCGUCUCCGAAGACCCGCGCUGCUCUGGCAACCUUGACAAACGAAAGGAAGACUGCUGCAGAAUUGAGAUCCCAGUCUCCAGUCCCUGGGCUCACAUCCUCCCGACGAAGCAACACAAUCAGUAGAAUCGCGCUAGGGAAGAGUUCCAAAGCAUCCAGCAAGGUGACCCCAGAAGCACAACCAGCGGAGCAGACGAACCCUCCAACUGCUACACCCUUAGCGGCACCAACCCCUGCGACGCCUCCGCCCGUCUGGGUGAGGGGUAAAGGAGUCGCAGAAACUGCUGCGCUGGCCAAGCAGGUGGAGAGCGAAGCCCAGGGCUGGUUUCUUAACUUCAUGGAGGAUGCUCUUGAUGUCGGUUUCCACGUAGCCACUUCAGGCAGUGACGAUAGAGAAGACAUGUAUGGUGCCAAGGUCAUGAGCCAGCAGGAAAACAGCCACAUCGCCACUAUGUUGUCACAAUUAAAGCGUGUCAAUGAUUGGUUGGAUCAGGUCGGCGACGGCUUGGAUACCAAGCUGAUCGACACCAAAGCUAGGCUGAAACGCAAAAUCUAUGAUUUUCUGCUCCAGCACGUCGAGUCAGCUGCUGCGGCUCUAGGCAACGUCUCCUCCGUCACCAUUUUCUCCAAACCCCAAGUCGUCAAUUGAAAUCCAGCCAUAUAUUUGGAAUGUUCUUCAUAGCAUCGUCAGAAAAGGAACAAGUGCUUCUAUACCUGUCUUACAGGGAGUGGGAGGAUCGACUGUAGGUGGGAUCUUCCCAUCUGGGUACGCCUUGUGGGAUUGUAUCAAGAAGUGUAUGUCAGAAGCAGUGGGACGCUAAGAAAAACUUUUAAAACGGUGUUAUCCGAGAAGCUGACAAGCACUGAGGACAUUCAGAGUGAAGCUGGUAACGGGAAAGGUUAUCAUGCCGACCUCUGUGGUGCCAACCGCGCGACAAAUAUUCAAUCAAAGGUUUAGUGGAGUAGACAGGGAUUAGUUACGAUCUUCAAUUCUUGUUUACGGCAAAGUGAGCAUCGCCAGCCUCACGCGACCGUUGUACAAUACAGUCAAGUCAAUGGAUUCGGUUGUCUUUUCUCCAUGAAACGUUGGAACAACAUAGAGAUCUCCACGGCCGAGAGAAAUCUAGUUCACGCGACGCUUUUGCCUGAUGGAAAGCUGACACCGCAUCACCACUGGACGAGUUGGUCUCCGCGGUCCGUUGUGCCAAACAGUGGAAAAAAAUGCGGGUACAUCCUUCCAAAAUACUCUACUUUCCACUGUCAACCAUCAUCAUCAUGCCACUUUCUCUCCAUCGAUGCGUCCGACUGGGCAAUCUACGGAAUGUUCGUGUGCAGCUGCUUGCUACGAGCACUUUCGACUCUAUUCCAUGUAGUGACAACCGUGAACUGGCAAGCUGGGCGUUAUUCUAGGGCGGUCACUAGACGAGAACUGCGGGCCCCUUCCCCUCCGAGUCGUUCACUAAGCUGUGUUGCACAGCGUUGCAACUCUGAGAGUUUUAGGAUUCAGGAUUCACGAUUUCGGUGUAGCUGCGGACGUGGUCGCAGUCGGUGCCACUAGAGUUGACUAGAGUGGCCUGGGACGGCAUUGGUUCAUGAAGUUUGGAUUCCUGUGCCCAGCUCGUCGUCAUUCCUGCCAUUUUUUAAAACUAAAAAUUGAAGAAGAGUAAAAAUGAACAGCAAUGGUGUUCCUGUCAAACUACUGCCAUGCCUUGAAGGAAGAACUGCUGACAGUAUUUUUGCAUGUGUAUUUCGGCAUGUUAUGUGACGUGGAAUUUCUUUUCCUUUUCUAUCACUUUUUGACAAUGGAGAAAAAGUACCUUUCAAAA